AUGGAGGGUUUGAUUCCAUUUGUGUAUAAAGCUAUAGUUCAAUACAAAAAUGGUGGUCAAGGGUUAAUCAGCCGGACUUGGAUAAACGAGUCGCCUUCGGCUUCUUACAUGCGGCUCCCGGGCGACUCUGGCCGGUUUCAGGCCACCGAGAUUCAGCUUUUCCGGCCAGAUCGAGGCUUUGCAGCCUGCUCACCUGCCCGCCCGGCUGCCGGGCAGGCUAUUGGGCAGCGACCGGCGGUCAAUUGA